AUGAAACCACAUGGAAGACAUCGGGCCAGUGCUAGCUUAAUUCCAGACGGAGACGAUAUUUUGGAUAACAAUGUGGAGGUCAUCCUUGAGAGACCUCCAGACAAGAAGGCUGAAAAAGACAAGGAAAGAAAGAGGAAGUCUAGAGAUGAUGUAGAUGCUGAAUUUACCUAUGCCUUAGCUCACAUGACUACUGACAUAAAUACAUUCAUGAUGGAGAGAAGAAAAUUUAACAACAAGCAAGAGCGGUUACACCACCGAGGCGAGUGUAAUCUCUGCACUCACUUUCCGGUUACCAUUCUAGCCAUUGGUGCUAAAGCAUUGUUGGGUCACCUGAAACUUGUAAUAAGAGCGUUGUCUACGAAGUAUAAACGAUUAUCUAUCCAAAGUCAUCGAGGUUUUCCACUACAUCUACCCGAAAACGUCGUCGUAGAAAUCCUCUUGCGGUUGCCGGUCAAAUCUUUGGUACGAUUCAGGUGUGUAAGUAAACGUUGGUGCUCCCUAAUCACGGAUCCCCGAUUCGCUAAUUCGCAGUUCAGGGGAGCCUCUGAGCGCUCACAAAGACUUCUCAUAUCAUCCCGUUCUGGAAUUCGAUCCCUAGACUGUGAGGCGCGAUUUGAGGACAGUUCCACUCCCAGUGUACUCGUCGUGCCUUUUCAGAAACGGGGUCGUUAUGUUAGCAUCAUUGGGUCUUGCAAUGGUCUGGUUUGUGUGGCUCUAUAUAGCCAUAGGGAUUUCUAUAUUUGGAAUCCUUCAACGGGAAAUUACAGGAAACUGCCCGAUCCUGGUAUUUCACUCCGUGGGCGCAAGUACUGGCAUGGCUUUGGAUAUGAUCCAUCCACUGAUGACUACAAGCUUCUCGUGGCCAAUUUCCGGAUGCCUCCUUCUCGGGAAAGUGAAGGCAAGGUUUUCUCUUUCAAAAGAAAUUCAUGGAAGAGGAUUCUUCGAGGCCUCGAAGAUCCAGGUUAUACGGAAGAUUCAGCAGGGAUCCUUUGCAAUGGUUCUCUGCAUUGGUAUCUUCAAUUGUGCUGCGAUCCACUUUCUGGUCAGAAAAUACGUGGGUUUGAUUUAGCCGAGGAGAAAUUCCACGAAGUACCGAUGCCCUCCGUGGAGUAUGGACCACGCGGGUAUGUAUGCAUUGAAACUUUGAGCAAUCUUGGGGAGCGCCUGUGCCUCAUUGUUUGUAUGAGUACCCAUAUGGAGAUAUGGGGAAUGAUGGAAUAUGGAGUCAUAGAAUCGUGGGCACCAAUGCAUAGAGUUGGUUAUUUUCGGGUAGAACCGUCUGGAAAAGAUCUAAACCCGCUUUGCCUUUCCAGAGGUGGUGAGCUUGUGGCAAUGAAGCAUGGAAUUGAUUUGAUGAGAAGUAAUCCCGAUGGAGAGAUUCUUGAAUGUGUUGAGGACUUCAGUGACUGUGACUCGCGUGUUUGUCAUGCAACUAUGUUUGUUGAGAGUCUACUUUCACCAUAUCUGUGUUUGACUUGAUCUUUUUUUUUUUUUUUUCCCUUAUUAUUCUCUCUUUUUUUUUUCAGUUCUUUUGCCACUCUUCAAUGAAAGAAAAAUGCAGAACAGUGACGGUUCUAAAUCUCAAAGAUGACAUGUAUGGAAGAUCGUAGUUUUUUGCAGUGCAUCAUGCUCUACUUGAAAUGGUCUGUUCCAGGGCUCUUUUGUGACUUUGUACAAGUUGGGGCAAAUUUCU